GGACCGGUUUAGACACAGAUCGUCCAGUGAAGAGAAUAGGGCCGUAGGCGCCUCGCCAAAUUGGACAACUUUGAUGUUAUAGAAUUUAAGUGCGACUAUUUUGACUUUAGAAGACACCUAGGGACUCGACUUCGAGUCCAUAAUUUUUCUGUUUCAUGCCCAACUUGGCCUAUGGCACUCGACGACAUAUUGAACAAGAACCCGGAUGGGAGAAUGUGAAGUUCGGGUGCAUCGAUGACCUCAAAAGCUUCGUGAUUGUGAAUGGGAACUCUGGUAUGCUCAUUGAAUGAAGUUCGACAGAACAUUCCGUGUAUUCACCCAUCUCAACACGUUUAUGACAGCGAAUAUACGAGGUCAACGCACGUCCACUCGUGCCUGCACUGCUCUUGAUUUCGCGACGGAAAAAAUACAUGCAGGCAAAGCUGGAUACGACGCUGCCCGAGCUGCGCUUGUUGCCCUCGCGCCGUUGCUGAGAAAAAUUGCUUGGAGCGAUAUUUUGCGCCCUCUUUUAGUGUUAGAUAUGAGGCUUAUGGGCGACUUCAUUCAAGGGCGAUCUGAAGGUACCCGCAGUAUACCACGGAUAUGGAAAAUACCUGGAGUGCUGCAAGACAAUGACGAGGGACUGCAAGACUGCAUGUGCCAUGGUGUUAUUUGAACUUUGAAGGUAUAGUAGUUGUAGAGUCCAGCCUCCGAGUACUUUUCAACGGAUCAGGUGAUAGUAUGAAAUAAGAG